GUAAAGUCCACAUCCCCCAGCCUCUCCACACAGCUCUGUGGUACUGCUCUGGGAUCACGGAGACCAUGGUGCAGACCCCCGUGCCCCUCAUCCAAACUCAUGUUCGGGCCACAUUCCAGGGCCUCGCCCUGCCCAGGGAGGGAGCGGGGUCUGGGCAGGGAUGCCCGUGGCAAGGAGUGACUGGACAGUGCCCAUGGAGCACGCCAGGGGUGGCCUGGAGGGAACAGCGAGCAGAUGGCAGGGCGGGCCGAGUUGACAAUCCCCUAAUCCCAUCAACGCCGCGGGGGCUGAGCAGAGCCGAGCUGGGCCAUGGCGGGCACACGGGCACACGGGCAUCUCCUGCACCCGCUGCUCUUCCAGGUCUGCUGCGGUUGUCACGGGCUCCGUGUGUCCACGAGCACGCGUAUCCUUUACACGCUCCUGCAUGUCCUGGCCUCUGCCGUGUGCUGCCUCAUGCUGUCCCGCACUGUGGCCCAGGCUAUCACGGAGAAGGUGCCCUUCUCAGUGGUGCUGUGCCAACACCUGCCAGGGGGCACAGACUGUGAGCAGCUGGUGGGUUCCUCGGCCGUGUAUCGGGUCUGUUUUGGUACUGCCUGCUUCCACCUGGCACAGGCUGCCCUGCUGCUCAACGUGCGCUCCAGCUCCGACUGCCGUGCGCAGCUCCACAAUGGGUUCUGGCUCCUGAAGCUGCUGGUGCUGGUGGGCCUCUGGGCCGCCAGCUUCUUCAUCCCUGAGGACAACUUCAUCCAAGGUGUGUCCCCCACCCUGUCUGAACUGGCACUGUGGGCACCCCUUUUGGCCCCCACCUGCCCUGCGCUAUCUCUACCUCUGCCCUCUUCCCCCAGCCUGGCACUACAUAGGUGUCUGUGGGGGCUUUGCCUUCAUCCUCAUCCAGCUGGUGUUGAUCACAGCCUUUGCGCACACCUGGAACAAGAACUGGUGAGUGUUGGGGUGCUGGGUGGGUACUUGCCCACUGCCACUGCUUAUCCACUCUUCCACAGGCUGACAGGUGCUGCACAGGACAAGCGCUGGUAUCUGGCCGUGCUGCUAGCCACGGCCACCUUCUACACCCUUGCCUCUGCCGCCUUCUCCUUCCUCUACAAGUUCUACACCCACCCAGCCGCCUGCCAUCUCAACAAAGCACUGCUUGCCAUCAAUGGCAGCCUCUGUGGCAUCAUGUCCUUCAUCUCCAUCACACCAUGUGUGCGGCUCAAGCAGCCGCGGUCAGGGCUACUGCAGUCCUCAAUCAUCAGCUGCUAUGUGAUGUACCUAACCUUCUCCGCACUUUCCAGCCGUCCCCCGGAGAGAGUGCUGUACAAGGGGCAGAACCUCACUGUCUGCUUCCCGGGGGUUCGGCAGGAUGAGCUGCAGACUGAGGACACCACCGUCGCCGUGCUGGGCGCUGCUAUCAUGUAUGCCUGCGUGCUCUUUGCAUGCAAUGAAGCCUCAUACCUUGCUGAGAUCUUUGGACCCCUCUGGAUGGUCAAAGUCUACAGCUUUGAGUUUAAAAAACCUUCCUGCUGCUUCUGCUGCCCUGAGAAGAUGGAGGAGGAGCUGAGAGGCACCGACCAGACAUGUGAGCAAGUAGAAGAGAAUGCCAAGGGACAGUUCAUCAUCCAGGAUGAACAGGACCGGGUGGUCUACAGCUACUCAGCUUUCCACUUUGUCUUCUUCCUUGCCUCGCUCUAUGUUAUGAUGACACUCACCAACUGGUUCAGCACCGUCGCAGCAGUACAGGGCCACGCAUCGUGCGGCGCCGACGUACUCCACAGCGCAUCAAUGUCUCCACAUAGUCCCUGCCAGGACAAACUGUGCCCAGGACUGGUCCCUGCCGUGCCCUGGCCCUGCUUGGUCCUCCUGGCCUCCCCUCACCCCCUGUCCCAAGAGACAGCAGCAUCCAAGAGCUGAGGGGAACAUGGGAGGUGGAUGCACCCAGGGAUAAUGGCCCUGUGCUGAGCCAGGGCCACCUGAAGGGCCAGAGCAAGCUGGUGGCAGGUGCUCAGCCCACAGCCUGGUUGCCCUGGCCCCACUGGGUGCACUGGGGGAGCAGAGCUCUGCCAUGGCAGCCACUGCUGUGGUGCAUUCACUGUAAAUACCCCCUUAAAUACAUUUUUAUAAUAAACUCUGAACCGAG